AUGCGAACCGCUGCGGCCGCCAGUAUCGGCUCUCGGUUGUUGAGCGAGAUUGAAGAGACAAAUUUGGACGAGAUCCUGGCUUCCCUCCGCACACACUUUGCAACAACAGCUACAGAACCCAGCGCAAACAACCACAGUGCCGGCGAUGGCCACUUGUCGAGCCCACGACUACGAGAUUUCCCCCUUGGCCCUCUCAAUGACCUCGUCAAACGCCAUUUUCGCGCGACGCAGUCUGCCCCACUCGCCGUCGCAGGCCGCCAUCGCGAGCUUCUUUACUCGCUCAUCGCAACCCUGAUCGCCCGGCCCCAUGAGAAGGCCGUGGUUAUUGCUGACUUUGAAGGGCGAUUCGACCCCUUGCGGCUUCUUGCAACGGCUCCAGCGAACGCCGACUCGCUGCUCGCAGACUCCACGAAUACCCGUUGGCCCGACGUCCAGCGCGCAGAUCUGGACCAUGUCCACAUUCUACGUCCUCCUAUGCGGGGAAGCAGCUCCAAGCACGUUGCUGACUGCCUCGCUUCUAUCGAAGAGUACAUGCUCUAUGGGGCGCACCGCAGCCGUUCCAGGGAGUGGUGGGGUACAGUGAUUAUCGGCGGAUCACCGAACUUGGCAGGGAGUGUCUCCCCCGCCAUGUCCUCUACGAUCGCCGUCACGGCUGGCUGGAGGGGCUGGCUGCGUGUUGACCGAGCAGAGGUUCUGGGUUUCUGGGGGAUUAGUGUUGAAGAGGCUUUAGCUGAGCGGGACAAGCGGCAUGCUAUGGUGGAGGACGCCGGCUGGACGGCUAGUUCCCCAUGGGGCAGCUUUGAGAUUUGCAGGAGGGAGGAGAAUGGUGGCUAA